AUGGCCCUUUAUCGAGACGCCACGCAGCAAAGAUGGAAGGGCAGCGAGAGCCCUCUCUUCGGCCCCACGGCGGCGGAGCUCCCUCGGUAUCAGCGCGACGUGGAGGACCUGCUGGUGGAAACCACCGCCUCGCCCUGCCCCUCCGCCCACCGCUCCAGCAAACUGCUGCUGAACGAGAUUCUGGACAUCUCAGCACCUCUCAACGAAGCCGCCGGGGCCAUAGUCGAUGACUCCUUCUGGCGCUGCUUCAAGUCCAACGAGCCCGAGCCAUGGAACUGGAACCUCUACCUCUUCCCCCUCUGGUGCCUCGGCGUGCUCUUCCGCUAUGCCAUCCUCUUCCCCAUCCGGCUGGUGCUGCUGCUGCUGGGCUGGGUCAUCUUCCUCUCGCUCUUCAUCCCCAUCCACUUCAUCUUUGCCGGAUACGACAAGCUGCGCCGCAGCCUAGAGCGAGGGCUAGUGGAGUUCAUGUGUGGCGUGUUCGUGGCGUCAUGGACAGGCGUCAUCAAGUAUCACGGGCCUAGGCCAGUGCGCCGGGCCAACCAGGUGUACGUGGCGAACCACACAUCAAUGAUCGACUUCAUCAUUCUGGAGCAACUCACAGCCUUUGCUGUCAUCAUGCAGAAGCACCAGGGCUGGGUCGGGCUGCUGCAGAAGACAGUGUUAGAGAGUGUGGGGUGCAUCUGGUUCAACCGCACAGAGGCCAAGGACCGAGCCAUUGUGACAAACAAGCUCAAACAGCAUGUUGCUAGGGCGGAUGCCAACCCGUUGCUUAUAUUCCCCGAGGGCACAUGUGUUAAUAACGAGUACACGGUCAUGUUCAAGAAGGGAGCAUUCGAGUUGGACUGUGCAGUGUGCCCCAUCGCCAUCAAGUACAACAAGACUUUCGUCGAUGCCUUCUGGAACAGCCGCCAGCAAUCUUUCACCAUGCACCUCGUGCGUCUGAUGACGUCAUGGGCGGUGGUGUGUGACGUGUGGUUCAUGGAACCCCAAUAUAUCCAGCCAGGGGAGUCGGCAAUUGAGUUUUCUGAAAGGGUGCGGGAGCUGAUUGCGCGGAGGGCGGGCAUCAAGAAGGUGCCGUGGGAUGGGUAUCUCAAGUACUAUCGGCCCAGCCCCAAGCUGACGGAGAAGAGGCAAGCCAAGUACGCGCACUCAGUGCUGCUCACGCUGCAAGAGAUCACUGGGGUUGUUGCUGGGGUGCUCCCCUCACCCGAUGAAGACAAGCUCGUGCUCUGA